GCAACAUUCUUGGCCGACGUCCUUCCUUCUGGUACCUUCAUCGCGACCAUCCCUACUUUUGAGACCAACUCUGGUCCUACCCACCUCCGUCCCCAUGUGAACAUGUCGCACCCUGCGGAGUUUCUCCUAAACGGCUUGAUCUCCGGCACCGAGGCCGGCCCCCGUGCCGCCCUGGAGAUCUGGUCUUCUAUGCUGUCCUCCCCCCAGGAGGCAUCAGGGGUUCUGCAUCGCUCCUGUCUACGCGAUCGUGCCAGCUCGGGCUGAUUUCUCAACCAAUGGCUUCCAUUGUCAAUUUCGUCUCGAAUGUUCUGUUCCGUCCGAUAGAGUCCUAUUGCAGCUUUGGACCGACGGUGAACGAACUCACCCUGGGUCUGCUGGGCUACUCCUUCAAGCCGGAGCGUGAUAUCAAUGAUCUGUCAGGGAAGGUCGUCUUUGUUACCGGAGGAAAUGCCGGUCUAGGAAAAGAAACAAUCCUCCAACUUGCCCGACACCGUCCAUCCCGCAUAUAUCUCGCUGCGCGGAGUGCAGCCAAAGCUGAAGAUGCCAUCGCUUCGAUCCGAGAGCACGUCCCGUCCGCUGAUAUCCGUUACAUAUCAUUGGACCUGACAUCGUUCAAGUCCAUCCGUGCCGCCGCAAAGCAGUUCACGUCGGAGUGCGAUCGCCUGGAUAUCUUGAUUCUCAAUGCAGGAAUCAUGAACACCCCGCCCGCGCUUACGGAGGAUGGAUUUGAGAUCCAGUUUGGAACAAACCAUAUUGGUCAUUUCCUGCUUACUGAGCUGCUACUUCCCACGCUGCAGCAAACCGUUGCUCUUUCGUCGGAUGUCCGAGUAGUCACGUUGGCUUCUGCCGCAAAUGUUGCCGCGCCACCCUUCGAAAUCAUGACUUCUACGUCGGCUCUCCUGGCAGACCACACGUUGACCCGGUACAGUGCAUCCAAAGCGGCGAAUAUCCUUUUUGCGUCGGAGCUGGCUCGUCGCCAUCCGGAGAUCCUUUCCGUCUCGGUCCAUCCCGGCUGUGUCGUGAGUGAGCUCUGGGACCAUACUAGCAAGAUUAGCAUCAUGGCCAAGUAUAGCAUAGGUGCUAUCUUGGCGUUCAGUCGGAGUGUGCGUACCGGGGCAGUCAAUCAGCUCUGGGCUGCCGGGGCGAAGAGAGAGCUGUUGGACAAUGGGGCCUAUUAUGUUCCCAUUGGGGUGCGUGCUGCGAACAACCGCUAUGCGAUCGAUACCGACAUGGCGCGGCGGCUGUGGGAAUGGACCGAGCAGCAGAUUGCUAAGAGGUCCUGAUCUCCCUCUGUCUAUGGGCUUUUUUCUUCCCUUCGUCUGCUUUGGGGCUGCCCAUCGGUCCGACGGAGAUGUUGGUCGGCUUUUCAGUACUCUCAUUUGGAUAUGGGUGGAGUAACUUGUACAUAUACUCAUAGUUGAUAUACAUCUAAAGGCAUAAUGGAUCCCGGAUGAUGUGCAGGGUGGUCCGGAUAGCGGGGGUCGGGUAGGCUCGCAGAUUACCGGAUUAGGCAUGAGAUGCCGGGGUUCGGGUGGUGAGCUUCCAUUCGGUCGCGAUGGGCGGUACCACCGUCGCAAGUUGGUGAGAACCCUACCAGGAAGGAUGCUAUGCCCUUAUGAAAUGAUAAUUCAACUCGAGCCUGGACAGUAUGCGCCUCUGUCCGUGGUUCCUGAGCCGAUGAUCUCGACCGGCG